GCUGCCGCUUUCGAACUUCAACUUUCAGUUUUUGAAACGUUUUCGUCACAAACCUCAGAGGAGCAGAGUAAUACACAAUGUCCUCCGAAAACCCUAGAAAAUGGCGGUUCACAUGGGAAGCCCAAUCUCACGUCCCGAACCUUCGGUUAUUCAUAUUCGAUUCGUACACUAUGCCCUCGGUUCAGUGCCAGAAUCUCAAGGUCCAUCUCAAUCCCUCACAGUCUCUGGUCCUGGUGAGCUGGUUUGAAGAACUCGAAGUCUCGCUCAGGGUUCCGACUCCACGGGUUCUGGUCGACCCUGAGUCUCCCGUUAGCUUCCGAGCCUUUGAUGAUCACAUUGAGGUCAAGCUCGUCCUGCUUCUUCCGGUCGAUCAUCCAAUCGUUUCGAGUUUCGAUUCCGUGUUGAAUUUGUCCGAAGGCCGAGAAAAUGUGGUCUUUGAUGCACUGAAGCCACUAGAAAUGGACUCCGACCUGAAGAGUCUAUCUUCUAGUGGAGGAGUUCACUUCUACUGUAGAAGUUGCUCGUUUAAGCUGACUAAAAGUCCUCUCAGACAUUUUGUGGAAAUGCCAUCAGUUGAUUGGCGAGAGGUGGCUGAUAACUGGUUCGGGACUUGCUGUUGUUCCUUUGGAGGUAUAAGUGAGAAGCUGGUGACUGGGUAUGCAAAAUCAUAUACAUGUGCUGAGGGUAUUUGCCAGUUAAGUUCCACAACUGUUACUCUUUGCAAGGAUGAUCUUGUGGAAUGGAAAUCCCACGACCAGGUUGAAUGCCAGCGGUCUGACUCUGGAACAGAUAUCAACGGCGACAAUGGAUUUGGUGAAGCCGGUCUAGAUUCUAGAAGUCAGUGUGGAGGAUUAAUAACCUGUGAUGAUCCAAGUGAGGAAACACAAGCUUCUGAUGGGGAAAAAUUCAUGCAUUUUAAGAAUGAAAAUAUUGCUAGAAAAUUCAGAUGUGGAGUUCAUGAGGAAGAAACUAAUGAUGAUGCUUCAUCUUGUUUGUUGCCAGAAUCAGAUCUCCCUAAAAAUGUGGCAUCAGCUCCUGGUUGCUGUGAUCAUGAGGAAAGUCAUGUUCUGAAUCAUGUUGAUGAAGACCACACUCAUCAUGUGUCUGAAACUAAGGAGACCAAGGCAAACCAGAAAUGUUUGCUCAAUGGCUUUCUUGGAAAUGUGUUCAUGGUUAGAUCCUUCAAUCGAUCUGUAGAUGUUGAGUGGAUUGAAUAUGUUUGCCCUCAAUGUUCAUCUCUUCUUGGAGCAUACCCUUAUGGUAAUGGUUAUGCACCUGUAGAUUCUGGAGUGCGGUUAUUUAAAUGUUACAUUUCCACUUGUACGCCAGUUGGUGGAUCGGGUGAUUUAUUCAGGGGGUAUACGUUGGAAAGAAUGUUUACAAAUCAGCUCCUGGAAAGUGCAAAGGAUGAAUCAUCAUAUCGGACUGUGGUUAAGGAUGUGAAAACCAAAUCUCCUUUGCUGCAAAUUGUUCUUCUGAAUCCAAAUUCUUGGUCAUGUGCUGGUUACUGUGUGGAUGCAGAGGGUGACACCGGACCAGUUUCUAGUAUGUAUCUGCAUCCUGUUAUCAAGGUGCUUUUUUCUGACUGCAGCAACAGUACGGAAUCUCAGUCAAGGAUGAUAGAAGAGUGGGAAACAAAGAAUUUAGCUGAUGAAGUUUUCAUGUUGAACUGUCAAAUAAAAGAAUUGAUCAAAUCUCUGGUGUCAAGAAAGGAUCUAGUUCCAGCCUCAUAUUCUUGCCUCCAAGGUUUAUCUUUGUCAUCUAUGCGGAGGUAACUGUACUUAUAU